AUGUACGCUUGCGUUAUGCAGUUCGACUAUGUGUUACAGCACCGCGGUCAAUAUGGAAACACGAUGGCGACGCGACACAGCCUGGCUCAACGCCUUUUCAGCCGAAACAGGCGGCCAUCUCCGACAGCUCGUCUUGCCAAUUCCGAUGUGCCAGUUCUGCGUGCCUCACCGGCAGCACGCGUCCUGCCAAGACACUUUCGGGCAGCGCCGGCGCGUCUGACGGACGGUGUCUUCCGGGGCCUCACCGACACCCGGCUGCCGAUACCGUGGAUCGAGGCCUUCCGGCUCCAGCAGGAGGGCCAGAGUCUCGGGUUCGAAGAGGCACACCACCAUACACGCGACCUGACGCCGCGAAAGAUGCGCGACAGCUACCACCGCGUGGUUCUCCCGCUAGGUCAAGAUCCCUGGCUCUCGGACACGUACAUCAACUCGUCCGGCCACAUUCGACUAGGCGCCAUCUUCAUGGAUCUGGACGCGCUGUCCGGUAUCAUCGUGUACAAGCACACCGGGCCCGGAGUGACGACAGUGACGGCAGCCCUGGACCGGAUCGUCAUCGCACACCCACUCACCGAGAUUGCGGACCUCGAGUACAGCGGCAUGGUGACAUACGCCACGGGCCGCAGUAGUAUGGAGAUUACGUGCAAUGUGGCGCGGGCGCGUGGCGCAGACGAACCCAGCCGGCCGGAGGAUGUGCUGCUGACGUGCACGUUCACGAUGGUGGCUCUGGACCCGGUAAAUCGGAAGCCGACCAACGUGCCGAAGGUGCUCUGCGAGACGCCAGAGGAGCAGCAGCGGUUCCAAGCCGGUGAGGCGCAGCUGCUGGCCAAGAAGCAGGCACUCAAGACGUCGCUGUUGGCGCAGGAGCCUAACGAUGCCGAGUCGGCGCUGAUCCACCAGAUCUGGCUCCGGCAGCUCGAAUACCACGACCCGAACCGCAGCCGCCGGCAGCCGGCCAACGUCGUCGCCAUGGCGCGCACGCAGCUCUCGACCGCGGCCAUCAUGCAGCCGCAGUAUCGCAACCGCCACCAGACGAUGAUCUUUGGCGGCUACCAUCUGAAGCAGACCUUUGAGCUGGCCUUUUGCUGCGCCGCCUCGUUUGCCCACGCCCGGCCGACCUUUAUCAGCGCCGACCCCUGCACGUUCCGCAACCCUGUCCCGGUCGGCAGCGUGCUCUACCUGACCGCCACCGUCGCUUACACCGAUCCGCCUGUACUCGAGGAGGACGGCCGCGAGCCGGAACAUGGCGACCCCAAGAGCCCCGUCACCCGCGUCCACGUCCGCGUCGACAGCAAGGUGCGCGACGUCGACCAUGGCUAUGCCCGUGCCACUGGCCAGUUCAACUACACCUUUUCCGUGCCCAAGGAUGUCCGCGUACUGCCACAUACCUACGAAGAGUACAUGAUGUACGUCGAUGCUCGCCGGCGUGUCAUGGCGGCUGACUCGCAGAAGCCACCCGUCGGCACCGCUGCCGAUGUAGAACCCGGCCCGGAAGCGGGCGGUGUCAACCUGAUAGAGUAG